CGUCGCUGCCAAGUGCCAAGUUUUUUCACCGCUUUUUCCUGAGGCUUUGCGCCCUCCCCUCCACCGACCGCUCGCCCCCUCGCCGCCUCCCGUUCCGGUCUAGGGUUUAUACCGUUCGCCUCUCGCCCCCCCACUUCCGAAUCGUCGGCGUCUCCGCAGGUUCGCCGCGCCCAAAGGGGACAACAGGGUUUUUGGGGGCGGACGGCAAGGGUGUCAAAGUGUGGUUGAUAGAGAGGGAGGAGAGACGAUGAGGCCGGUGUUCUGCGGCAACUUCGACUACGACACGCGCCAGUAUGACCUGGAGGGCCUCUUCUCCAAGGACGGCCCCAUCCGCCGCAUCGACAUGAAGUCAGGCUAUGCUUUCAUUUACUUUGAAGACGAGCGCGAUGCAGAGGAUGCUAUAAGGCGUCUCGACAAUGUGUCUUUUGGCCAUAGCAGGCGCAGGCUCUCUGUAGAAUGGUCAAGGCAAGUCGAGCCUGUGUCAAGGAGCCGUGAUAGGCCUACUGGGGAUGUAAAGCCAACUAGAACUCUCUUCGUUAUCAAUUUUGACCCCAUACGCACUAAAAUUCAAGAUAUUGAGAAGCAUUUUGAACCAUAUGGCAAGAUUGCCAACAUUCGUGUUCGAAGGAACUUUGCAUUUGUACGGUAUGAGACACAAGAGGAAGCUACUGCCGCUGUCAAGAACACUGAUAAGAGCACAAUAUUGGACAGGGUGAUCACAGUUGAAUAUGCCUUCCGGGAUGAUGACAAUGAGAGGGAUGACAGAUACGGCAGCCCCAAGCAAGGUGCUCAUGACAGGCGUCGCGGUAACCCCUACAUGCGCUCACCUAGCCCAAGGUACCGAAAGGACUACAGUCCAGAUUACAAUCGGCGUGGACGUUAUCCUGGGUAUGAUCGCCGUGAUGGAGCAAUGUAUGAUAGGAGAAGCCCUGCAUAUGAUCGUUACAGCAGGGGCAGAAGCCCUGUUUAUGAUCGCUAUGAUAGGAGGAGAAGCCCCGUUUAUGAUCAGUACUAGAUGGUUGAUUCUGAAGGAUCUAGCAAGGAAGUGGUUUCAUGGAAGAAGUGGCAGGCAACGUGAUUUUCCUGUGCUAAGUAUAUUUGGAGCUGUCUUGGUGUCUCAAAAUAGCGCAACAGUGUAACGUGAUGCUGCUGUUGCCGUUGUUGACAGCAACAAAUAUCUUACCUGAUUUGUGGUGCUGAGCUGAUAUUAGAAUUGUAAUGCCUCCUGACCAGCUUCUACACUGAAUGUGUGCAUUCCCAUUACCCACUUCUUAUGAAGCCGUGAGGCGGCAGAACUGCGGAAGUGUAUUUGCUGAUA